CAUGGUUUUCGCCGAGACGGCAGCGCCAAACACGCGGGUCUGGAACUCGGGCUUCCCAUCCAGCUCAGCGGGGUCGCAGUACUCGUCUGCUUCCACGCGAAGCAAGAUCAAGAGUAGGGGAGACUUGGAGAGCGAGUUCGGGCUAGAUGUGAGGCAGAAUGAGGGCGAAGCAGCCAACUAUGGCAUUCUCUAUGAUGAUACCGAGUACGACUACAUGCAGCAUAUGAAGGAUUUGGGCAGCACCGGGGAAGCCUAUUUCGUGGAGGCGCCACAGAAGAAGGAGAAGGGGAAAGAUAAGGUCAGCUUGGCGGACGCUCUUCGGGCUGUUUCUAUCGAUGAUAGACAAAGCGAUGCUGGUGUCAGUGUGAGCAGCAGUAUUAGCAGGGAUGCGAGGGAUUUAUUCGGAGAGGACCUGGCGCCGUCGGAAUUUGUGCGCAAGACUACGUAUCAAGACCAGCAAAAUGUGCCGGAUGCGCUGGCUGGUUUCCAGCCAGAUAUGGACCCUCGGCUUAGAGAGGUGCUGGAGGCGCUCGAAGAUGAGGCAUAUGUGGACGACGAAGAGGACAUUUUCGCCGAACUGGCCUCAGACGAAGUAGUCAAUGACCCCAGGGCAUGGAAAGUAGGGGGGUGGGACGUCUUUGAGGGUAAUGAUGAUUAUUCCUCGUACCCGGAUGAGGAGGAUGAGGGCUGGCAAACGGACGACACCAUCAAGGCUUCUUCGCCGAAGUCCAAUCACAAGAAGGCUUCGAAGGCUCCAACUGACAUUGCCGACCUACCAGCGCCUGAUGCUGCACCCGAACUAGUGGGAGAGGGCGAUGACACCUGGAUGCACGAAUUCAACAAAUUCAAAAAGGACGGCAAAGCCCCGAAAGCAUCCAAACCAGUCCCGUCCGAUCUCCAAUCUUCGGUUCUCACGGGUGCCUCAGCGCUCACAGCGGGCGGGCGCCACAAGAAGCGCAAGGGUGCCCGCACAUCUACUACCAACUACAGUAUGACAUCCUCUGCUCUCCAUCGAACCGAAGGUCUUUCUCUUCUCGACCAGCGCUUUGAUAAGAUCGAAGAAGCAUACGCGGACAACGAUGGAGACAACGACUUUCCCGCCGACGACGAGUCUAUGAUGUCAGGCACGAGUAAGAUGUCCGGAAUGAGCAAGAUAUCCGCCUACUCUGGCGUAUCGGGGACCAGUGAAGCGCCACAGCUACGAGGGGACUUUGAUAACAUCUUAGAUGACUUCCUUGGUGGACACUCCAUGGCUGGUAAGAAGCGGAUUAAGAAAAUGGGCUACCAGAGCGGGCUUGAGCAGUUGGAGGAAGUGAGGAAGGGGUUGGGGCCUGCGAGGAUAAAGACUCAAAAGGGUGGAUCUCUCAAGACAUGAGUUUAGCAUACCUUUGUAGCAUCAACGGCGUUGGGGAUAGAUUAUACCCGGUAAUAUGAAUGAUUACACGAUAUUUGUCUAUGAAGUCGCUUAGGAGUUAGGAAUAAAGCAUUUCAGGGAAAUUCUACUUGAUUGAGAAUGGAAGUCACACUAUUUUAAAUCUAUCACAU